AUGUCGCCAGAACUCACGCCAGACGGCGCGGUAUCGGCUCUCGGCACGGCGGCGUCGCAGGAGAACGCGGAGGAGUGCGCGGCAGUGCUGGCGCGGCUGGGCCGGUCCGCGGACAGCCUCCCCCCGGACCUGGCGGACGCGAUUGCGCGCGGGCGCGUGCCCGGGGAGGUGGUGGAGCGGUACGCGGAGAUGGAGAACACAGUGGUGCUGGGGUAUUUGCUGCGGUUCGGCGGGUUUAAGGAGCGGUUGCUGGCAGACGAUUUGUUCAUGACCAAGGUUGCGAUCGAGUGCGGCAUUGGCAUCUGCACCAAGACCUCGGCGGAGUUGGAGAGGCGGCGAGCGGCCUUCUUCCCCGAGUUCGACUUCGUCAUUGCUGACGUGAUCAUGGCGCUGAUAGCGGACUUCAUGCUCGUGUGGCUGCCCGCCCCCACCAUCCCUCUGCACCCCGCGCUCGCCAAGGAGGCCACCGCCCUGCAGAAGUUUCUCGACACCUGCCCUGAUAACGCGUUCCAGGUGCCUGUGCGUGGCACUGAGUACACUCUCCUGCAGCGAUUCAUGGCUGUGCUGAGGAACGGAGCAAAGCUCAUGGUUGUCGGGACAACUGCAUCCCUGUUUGGCUGUGGCAUGACCAACGCGCUCCAAUGGGUGCGCAGGGAGCUUGCUGCUCCCCCGCCCGCUGCUGCAGCCACAAUCCCCUCCCUAGACCUCACCGCUGCUGCCUCUUUCCCUCUAGACUCUUCGACUGAAUUGGCUGCUACCCUAAACCCUGCUGCUGCCAUUGACGCCGCCACGACUGCUGCGUUGGUAUUGGACCCGUCGGUCGCUGCUGAUGUGGCAGCUGCUGUGUCAGCGUCAGCUGCUGAUGUGGCGGCUGCGCUGGCCACAGCUGCUGAGGUGGCAACCGCAGCUGCGGGGACCAUUCCACCGGAUCUGGAGGUGCCUAUUCUCGCUACAAGCUUGGCCUAUGGGUCCUAUGCAGCGAUUUCUGCAAACCUAAGGUACCAGAUAUUGGCUGGUGUGAUUGAGCAGCAAUGGCUGGAGCCUAGAUUCCAUGGCAACAAGACUCUGCUUUCAGUGCUCUCCUUCAUCUUCCGCACGUCCAACACGUUCAUUGGCUCUCUCUUGUGA